CGUCUGUCAUCUUGGAAAGAAAGGCUAUAACCAGUUUAUCCAAGAAAAUUGCGAAUGACAACUAAAGGCAUCGAGAUAUCGAGAAACCUGUCAUAUGCUCAUGGCUAUGUUCGUAGCACAAAGAUGCAAUGAAAUGGGAAAUGUGUUACCCCCCAGCUGGUCGCAUGCACCCGCAAUAGACGAGGUUCUCGGCGUUUCUCACAACUUGCCUGCCUUCUUUAUUUCUCCUGCAAUCCACGAACAAUGGUAGCUCCCGACAGUGUCCUCCUGCCCAAGCUCUUCCCAAAAAACCUCGUUUCCAUCGGCCAACUUCUCCGCAACCCUCUUGUCCCCAACACUGACACAUUCAGAGGCGGCUGUGCUCGGGUGGGUGAAAACGAUAUCAGCACCGCGGACCCGGAAGAGAACUAUGAAGCCAUCGUCUCGGUGGACAUGAGCGGCUGGUUCGACAUCGGACUGACAAGGCUCCUGGGCGCUAAACUCAGAGGCCGCAGAGCCAACAUGCUUUCCAUCAGGGCCAAAUCACUCGAGUACAAUACCUUGAAGGACUCGGUGGAUGUGUUCCGCCGCGUCUUCAGCUCCGAUGAGGCCAAAAGGUGGAUCAACGACAUGGUGUUGCAUAAAGCGCCUUGCUACCUUGUCAUCGGGAUCCAGACUCUCUGUAUGGCCGAGUUCAAGAGAGUGGUGCUUAAAGAAGGUGUUGCAGGCGGAUAUGUCACCGUGCCGUUGGAAGCAACUGCACAAAUCCCUGUGCACGUUAAAGGCGAGGUAUCUGCUCACCAUUUUGGUAGUUCGGUGGGCAAGAAGGUGUCGGGGGUAUUUGGAAUCCAAGUGCAGCGUCUUAAUCCACAGAUUGGGCUACCGGGUGAAAUAAGACUAAAGUCGGACGUCUCGUGGAAGUGGUCGUAUCAGAGAAUCAAGGGAACUCAACAGGAGGAAGAGAAACGGCUCGGCAUCACGCUGGAAGACGUGGCAGUGGAGGACCUUGUUGAGCUGCUGCGCUUGGACGAGUAAGGAGUUUCAGCUAGUGUGCAAAAAGUCUCUUCCACAGGACGAGUAUUGUUGUGGAUGGGAGUUUGUGUGGGUCCUACGUCGAUGAGUCGAUGGAACGAAGCAAAGCAAAGUGGAGCGGUCUAGAUAUAGUGGGGGAAGCAAAGAGCUGCUUACAUGAUUGAUGUUGG